UUGAACUUUCUCCCCACGGAGUCAGUACUCCUGUGCAGUUUAGGCCCAACUUCAAUCUUUUCCUGAGGGUUUCAGCUAGUGAACCCAGUGCCAGCUGGAGAGAUGGUGGAAGGACCAGGCUGUACGCUAAAUGGAGAGAAAAUUCGGGCUAGGGUGGGUCUGGGCCAGGCGGUGACUGCCGUAUGCGGAAGCGCUCUACAGAGUCUGGAGAGCAGGGCGUUACCACACGCAGCCUCCGUGGCUGUGACCUCCUCCCAGACUGCUGCACUGGAUAAUAAUAAAGAUUCCAGCCAGAAUUUCUUGAGACUGUUUAAUGGAUAUGUUUACAAUGGUGUGGAAACUUUGGGGAAGGAGCUGUUUAUGUACUUUGGGCCAAAAGCUUUACGGAUUCAUUUUGGGAUGAAAGGCUCCAUCAUGAUUAAUCCACUUGAGCGCAAAAAUAAAAAUGGAGUUUCUUCUGUUUUCGAAUUGCAACUCACCAAAGAUUUGAUUUGUUUCUUUGACUCAUCAAUAGAACUCAGAAACUCAAUGGAAAGCCAGCAGAGAAUAAGGAUGAUGGAAGAAUUAGAUGUAUGUUCACCGAAAUUCAGUUUCUCAAGAGCAGAAAGUGAAGUUAAAAAGCAGAAAGGUCGGAUGCUGUGUGAUGUGUUAAUGGAUCAGAAAGUGUUGCCUGGGGUCGGGAACAUCAUCAAAAAUGAAGCUCUCUUUGACAGCAGCCUCCACCCAGCUGUUAAAGUUUGUCAGUUAAGAGAUGAACAGACCCAACAUCUUGUAAAAAUGAUACGUGAUUUCAGCAUCCUGUUUUACAAGUGUCGUAAAUCAGGAUCUGCUAUCUCUAAACACUAUAAGGUUUAUAAACGUUCUAAUUGUGGUCAAUGCCACUGCAAAAUAACUGUGUGUCGCUUAGGAGAGAAUAGCAGAAUGACAUAUUUCUGUCCGCACUGUCAAAAAGAAAAUCCUCAACAUGUUAACAUAUGUGAGCUGCCAACUAGAAAUACUGUGAGUUGGACAUUCGGUAGGAAGGACGGUUUUAUGGGUUCUGUGGCUCGGAAGUCUGAAGAGCAAUGGACCUGUGUGGUCUGUACACUAAUAAACAGGCCCUCUUCUAAGGCCUGUGAUGCUUGCUUGACCUCAAGACCUACUGAUUCAACACCCCAGAAUGAAGAAAAUUCUACUGUCUUUAACAACUUAAUGAAGUACCCUUGUAAUAACUUUGGAAAACCACAUACAGAAAUGAAGAUCAAUAGGAAAACUGCAUUUGGAACUACAACACUUGUCUUGACUGAUUUUAGCAAUAAGUCCAAUACUGUAGAAAGAAAAAAAAGUCCAAACCAGAUACUGGAUGAGGAAUUUCAGAAUUCUCCUCCUACUAACAUUUGUUUUAGUGACAAUACACAGCACCCCUCCGAGGAGAGAACAAAUUAUAUAGCUCAACUAUCUAACAAAGUAAACAUAUCACCUGCAGUCUGCUCUCAGUCUAAAGUAUUUGGUCCCACACAUAAAAAAUUUAAAACAACCCAUUACUCAUCACCAGAUCUCAAAAGGUAUAACCCUGGAUUUUCUAACAGUGAACUUCAAAUUAAUAUGACAGAUGGUCCUAGUACCUUCAAUGCUGGCAGUCCUCGCUGCAGUAAACACAACCGCCUCUGCGUUCUCCGAGUUGUCAGGAAGGAUGGCGAAAACAAGGGCAGGCAAUUUUAUGCUUGUCCUUUACCUAAAGAAGCACAAUGUGGAUUUUUUGAAUGGGCAGAUUUGUCCUUCCCAUUCUGCAACCAUGGCAAACGCUCCAUCAUGAGAACGGUGUUGAAGAUUGGACCUAAUAAUGGAAAGAAUUUUUUUGUGUGUCCUCUUGGGAAGGAAAAACAGUGCAAUUUUUUCCAGUGGGCCGAAAAUGGGCCAGGAAUAAAAAUUAUUCCAGGAUGCUAAUAUUUUCUCCUUCUGAGAAUACUUGACAUUUAAUCUCUAAACUGUGUAUAAAGAUUAGUCUCUCCCUUUGUUUAAUAGAAAGGUUGUAGAAUAUAUAUAGUAUAUUGUAAAGUUAUGACAGUAUUUGAGAACGUUUUUAUUUUUAU